UUUAGGUCUGAUACUCGAAUUAUUAAACGUUUUCUAUAAAAUGAAAUUCAGUUCCUGAAAUUUUGUAAGGAAGUUGCAGGCCUCACUUUUGGAUUGUCAGUUGAUUUUCAUUUGUUUCGACGCAAAAUACUUCUGUAGUUAGAAUGCCUCUCGUGAUUUACUUUACGUUUUUAUUCCAGAUACCUAUCAAUAUGAAGCUAUAUAAUCAAUUAAAACCAUUCACCUGCCCUUGCCUCAAUUUUGAUGUUGUAACUUGGGAACAUUGAUAUUAAAGAACCAACUGAAAUGGAUUUCGAUACUUUCUAUACCUGAUUCAUCGACUACGCGAUUACAAAGAGGAUCGUUAAAAAAAAUGAAUUUCAAUAGCCAGUCACCAAUCGAGCGCUUUUCAAUUUUUUUAAUAAUUUUGCUGGGCUUACAAUCAGAAGGUGUAAGACUGUUAUCCAGCCAGGUUAAGUUAUUCUCUGACAACAGUACACUAAAACUGAAUAAGUUGGCCGUAGGUGGUUAUCCAGUGAAAUCGAUUUUUGUCAGUGCAGUUAACCGUUUGUAUCAAUUAUCAUUUGAUCUUGAAUUGUUAGCGAAUAUUACAACCGGACCAUUUUCUACAAAUUCUUCAUUUCCAAAACCUGACUAUAAUGAGAACGUAAACCCCAAAUCAAUCAAUAAUCAUAACAAAAUUUUGCUGGUAUACGGAUUUUCUGAUCGUUCACGUUUGAUAACUUGUGGAAGCCUUCAGUUCUGUAGUAUAUACGAUUUGGAUAAAAAGAUAUCAAAAUCAAACGUCAUAAAAGUAUUCGAACCUGUUGUGGCAAACACUCAUACCGCAUCAACUGUAGCUUUUAUUAACAAUUUUAAGGACCGCAGAAGUUUUGGUAAUGAUAAAGGACACACUCUAUGGACAGCUCAAUCUUAUAGUAAUUUCACUCAGCCAUUCGAAGUGCCAGCUCUUGCUGUGAGGAAUUUGCCUUCUUUCAAAUUGAGUGAUAAUUCCAGCAAGAUUUUAUUUAAUAGCGAAUAUCGCGAUAAAUACAUUGUAAAUUACAUUUAUGGGUUUCAGUCUCCUGGGAACCGCAAUAGCUACAUUUUAACAACUCAACAAAGUUCUGUAACAGAAACAUCUGCAUAUGUUUCAAAAUUAAUUAGGAUUUGUGGUGGAGCUGAUGGAAACGAUCUUGUGCACAGGUAUGCUGAGAUUCCCAUUGAGUGCAUUGUAGAAGGAGAACGACCCUAUAAUUUAGUGCAAGCAGCUCAUGUACAACGGCCGAAUAUAGAAGACGAGUACUUACUAUUUGCAAUAUUCUCUCAGAGUGAAAAUAUGAACUCACAGAAACCAAAUAACCGUAGUGCCAUAUGCAUGUAUUCAUUGAGGGAUAUUGACAACAAAUUUGAUGAAAACAUGAAAGACUGUUUCAAUGGAAAGGGCAAUCCUGAACUGGAAUUUAUAUCACCUGGAAGACAAUGUAUAAAAGUAGCAAAACAUAGUAUGGAUGAGAAUUCCUGUCAAUCAGGUAUAAAUAUGCCGAUCGGUGGAAAUAUUCCAAUAAAAAUGUUUUCUAUGCUGACAUUUGAUGAGCGUCUAACAGCAAUUGCAACAAGACAAUUGCCAACGCAUUCACACAUUGAUGUGUUUGUUGGUACAAGUACUGGGCAUUUAAAAAAUAUCAUUGUGGAGAAUAUAAGUAGUACUAGUUCAUGCGAGUAUGAUGAUGUAACAAUCGAUGAACAGUCCCCAGUAAAUGCUGAUCUCUUUUUUACUUCAUAUGACGAAAAGGAUUUGCUAGUGAUGACUGAACAUAAACUCACCAAAGUUAAUUUAAUACCAGUGGAAUUAAUUUGUUUCAUGUUCCGUACUUAUGAUGAUUGUGUACAAUCCAACACAACAUGCAAUUACUGGUGCUCACAUACUAACGAAUGUACUACCACAAAAUGUGGUUGUAAUAUCAGAAUACGUCAUUGGGAGUCGAUGUACAAUACCAUCAAAUCUGAAAAUUGGUCAAUUAUUCAACCUUAUGAUUUAGAUUUAGAGUACCUUCAACAUGACAUUUCCACCGCUGUGAAAUUGAGAACAAGUUCGGAUAAUGAAUUUUCUGGAAUAUUAUCACAAUUUAAAGAAUUUAUUUUUUGCGUGAUUGCUAAUGAAAACUUCAACAUUACUUCUUUUGCAAAAGUUACUGUUGAUUCAUACAGUCAGUAUUUAGUUCGCUGUGAUUUUCCCAAUUCCUCGCUUGCGGUACCUUCUGACAGUCAUUUCAGCUUAACAUUGUCAAUUAUAAUUACUAAUAAAAAUAUCCCAUUUGUUUGGAGCACAAACAUUUCAUUCCAUGAUUGCAAAGUGCACGCUUCUUGCUUCGAGUGUACUAAUUCGAUUUCUCCAUGUUACUGGAGAACAGAUGAGCGGAAGUGUAUGUUCAAGCACACUAUAAAAAAACAUCAAAAAGCUGGUAAUCAUUCUAAUACGCUCACCAAAUCAUGUCUAGAUGCUGCAAUUCCCACUAUUUCUUCUUUUUGGCCAACAAAAGCAUCGUUUAAAGAAGGCACUGUUAUCACCAUUCGAGGUGAAAACUUGGGUUAUUCAUUUAAAGAGAUAACGAAUCCAAUUAACAUAUCUGGGGCACCUUGCAUACCAAUUGAUGAACUGUUUGAACCCAUGAAGAAAGUUGUAUGCUUCAUUAAAAAAUCCAUUCCUCGGGAAGUUGAUGAACGCUAUUAUAAACGCAAAGUUGAAACCAAUUAUGCAGUUGGAGAAGGACCAGUAGAAAUGAUAGUCAAUUAUAUGUUGACAAAAUCCAGGAAAAAUUUUACUUUUGCAGUUCCUAAAUGUGAUUCUGUUUAUCCGCAACUGGGGUCUGUGUCUGGUGGUACCAAACUAACUAUUGUAGGUGAAAAUUUGAAUGCAGGAAGAUUGAUUUCUGUUCAUAUUGGUAAAAUACAGUGUUUUAUAUUUUCACUUGAUGCUGCUAAAAUAGAAUGUAUCACUUCUCCAUGCUAUAUGUGUAAUAAGUUAUUGCCAUAUUUUGUUAGCAUUACCUUUGACCGUGCCUUCAGAGAAAGUAAACAUUCAUUCCAGUACAUUAUCGAUUAUGACCAUGAUGUUAAUGGUUUGAACUUGAAACCAAAAAUUAUCCCUGCUGGAGGCAUUGCUAUCAAAACUGGAUUUGAAGAAUUUUCAGAUACUAGGAAGAAGUACUUCAUUCAAUGUGAAAAAACUUCUUUUAAUGGUUCAUGUGAAAUAUCAUCAGUGUCUGCAGACGUUGUCUGUAAGUCACCUUACAUUCCAGAUAUCAAAACUGAUUCAAUAGAUCCCAAUGAACCCUUGCCAUUGAAUUGCUUAGUUAUUUGGAUAGAUAGUAGAGAUUUACACAAAAACAUUGAAAGUGACAAUGUUCUUGUGUCUUUAUAUCCUAAUCCGGAGUUUCAUAACUUUUCUACCAAAUUUGAGAACUUCACUGGAACUGAGUUCAUUAUUAUCAAAGGGAAUAAUGUAAACAAAUCUUGCCAAAUAAUGGAUAUACAUGUAAAGAUUGGAAACCAUAGCUGCAGUAUAAUUUCAUUGUCUCUGAAUGAAAUAAUUUGUAUUUUGAGUAGGCCCAAUUUAACGUCAUUGAUAUUUGAUGAUGAUUUGGAUCGAGUAUGUGAAGAGUCAGAAAACAUUCAAUUUGUAAAUUGGUCAGAUGAUUUGGAUCACGCACGCGAAGAGUUGGAAAAAAUUGAAUUUAUUACUGUGUCAAUUGGUGAACAUUUUGAAAAGAUUGUUCCCAAAGCAAAUACAUCUUCAAACAAUUCAACGGAUCCCAUUUCCAAAGGGGAUACAUCUGCUAAUAAUUCAUCAGUCACGCUUAUAAUUUAUAUUGUAGUUACAGUAUCAAUAUUUUUUAUCCUCAUAUUCAUCAUUGUGGGCAAAGUAUACUUGAAAAAAUCACAAACAAUGAUGCAAAUGCAACGAAGAAUGAAUAAAAUGGGCAUGGAUGCAAUCUCCAUGAGACAAGGCAUAAAGCAAGUGAUUAUAGAGAACCAAAUACAACUGGAUGGACAUCUGGCAGAUGUGCUGGUAUGUAUUAUGAAACUAAAUUCAUUACCAUGGUUUAAACACUUACCUAUAUCCAGAUAUUGAAAUCGUAAAGCAGUUUUCAUAGGUUUAAAAAUAUACCUGUGCAUAUUUUUUUAAAUAGAAUUUACCUAAUGUCACGAUUGAAGUUAAUGCAUCAUAUUAUGAAAGUUCCACUACUGAAAUGGCUACAGCUGUUGAAUAUCUUCUGCCACUUGACGAGAAGUGGGAAUUUCCAAGGGGUAACUUGACUCUAGGAAAGCACCUGGGGGAAGGAGAAUUUGGAACAGUUGUUCAAGGAGAAGCUAUUGGUAUCUUGGAAGAGAACGUUACAACCACUGUGGCAGUUAAAAUGUUGAAAGAUUCCCAUUCAGAUCCAGAUAUGGUUGAUUUAGUUAAAGAGAUGGAAAUAUUAAAAUUAAUUGGAGCCCAUGAAAAUGUUCUUAGACUUCUUGGCUGUUGCACGCAGAAUGGGCCAUUGUUGAUCAUUACAGAAUUUGCUCAAUACGGAAGUUUAUUGCAUUUCCUUCGGAAGCGUCAUUAUUUCAUCUAUAAAAAUACAUCCGAAAUAUUGGCUGAACAAGCUUUACUAUCUUUUGCUCUUCAAGUUGCAAGAGGAAUGGAAUACCUGGCGUCUAAAAAGUGCAUACACAGAGAUCUUGCGGCCAGAAAUAUUCUGGUAUCUCAUGAUUUUGUGCUGAAAAUAGCUGAUUUUGGUUUGGCCAGAAAUAUUCAAAAUAAAGAUUACUAUAAAAAGAAAACAAAGGGUAGGCUUCCUGUAAAGUGGAUGGCCCCAGAGGCAUUAUCGCAUUUGCUGUUUACCACUAAAUCUGAUGUGUGGUCUUAUGGAAUACUGCUAUGGGAAAUACUUACUCUAGGAGGUGUCCCUUAUCCUGCAUUUACAGACAUGAACAAAUUGAUCAAGGAUUUGAAAUCAGGUUACCGCUUAGAACAACCUCCUAACUGCUCUUCUAAAACGUACAAUUUAAUGCUUGAAUGUUGGCAUUACUUACCUGAAGAACGCCCAAAUUUUUCUUCAAUUGCUCAAGAGUUGUGUGAAAUGUUACCGAGUGAAGUGCUUGAUCAACAUGCAUCCGAGAACUUCUGGUCCAAUAGUAACGAGUUCAAUUCUACCAAUCCUGAAAGCGAGUCCAACUUUAGCAAUACUGAAAGCGAGUACAACUCUAGCUAUACUGAAAGCGAGUCCAGCUCUAGCGAUAAUGAAAAUGAAGUUGACAAUUUGUUACCUUAAUGAAUAAGAAUUGUGGUUUCAAUUUUGUUGAAAUUCAAGCUCAUAUUCUUAUUAUUGUUUAUUUAUUCCUAAACUAUUUCUUAGCUAAGUACCUAAGUAUCCAAUGAGUGAGUGUUUUUACAAAUUUGUUGGGAUGAAAAUUUCUAUCAUUUUUUUUUUUUUUUUUUUGAGUAAAAAUGAUAGUGAUAUUACCUGGGUAAUGUCGAUAUUUAAGAAUAUGUCAUUCGACCAACAAAAAUGGCCUAACGUUUUGGAGGAGAAUCAAUAAUUUCUAUCAUGAUGACUGCUUUGGGUCUACUUAUAUAAGAGAUUGACUUAAUUUCAAGCUCAAAAUUUGUCAAAAACCCUCAGAAACAUUUUGAUGUACGUACAAAUAUGUCUCACUUUCAGACUCAAAAAUCCAGAAUUAACUUUACUGACUUCUUACACCCAUAUCUAAAAAAGUCAACUAGAUUUUUGUGCAUCAAAUUGCUAGACAAAUUUGAUGUUUUCUGAGACGAUUUUUGCAUCUUGGAUUAUGCACAUUUGCAUAAGAAAAAAAAAGAAUAGAAAAUAUUGUAACAUUUAUAUGUAGGUACCUAUGUACAAUGUUUGGGAAAUUUGAAGGAUGUUGAUUAAAAUGUCUAUUGUUAGGAAUUUUUCAUUGUUCUGAAGCCAAUACAAAACUUGAGUUUCUUUUCAUGUAGAAAGCUAUCACCUAAUUUCUAGUUUAUGUUUAUCCCAGCGUAUUAUUUUUAAGUAGGUAUUGAUUUAUGUAUGCAUAAGUAGGUGUUCUGCAUUCUUAAUGAACUUAUCUCCCAAUAAAAUGUUGUAAAAUUUUGGAACAUUUCUAUAAUUUGACGACUUAUAAUGGCAUGUUAAUGAAUUCUGAUUGCAGAACCGUCAAGAGCCGAUGCGGAAGCGGGGCAAAUAUCAUGUUGUGCCCCAUUUUAAAUGCAGAAAUGUAAGAGGGGAGGAGGUGAUGUCAAUUGAAAAUUUGUCGACUUAUGUGGGAGAAAACUAUCAAUUUUACUAAUAAUUCAUAUUGUGUAGGUAAUAUUCACAUGACUUACUCGUAUGAAAAUUUUCAUUUCAUUUUUUGGAUUUUUGGAGACCUCAAAUAUGAAAUUUAUUUAUUCUAAAACGAGAAACAAAUUAGCCUUUGCUAGGCGAGGGUGAGAGCUUUUGAAAAUUUCGUUUUCAAGAUGCCUAAAAACGAGUUUUUUUUUAAUACGAGGAGUUUAUUUUUUGGUUUUUAAAAUUUUAGAAAUUGAAUGUUGUUUUUUUCAGAAAGGUAAUUUUGAAAAAGAAAAGAGAACAGGCGAGGGCAAAAGCUUCUGAAAAUUUGCAUUUCGAGAGGUAUAAAAACGAUGCUUUUUGUAAGAAGUUUAUUUUUAGUGGAGAAGAAAACAUGCCCAAGAAAACCGAGGGCAAAUGCUUCUGAAAAUUUGUGUUUUGAGAAUCGAAAAAUAAUUUGCCCCCUCUCUUGACGGCCCUGCCUGAUUACAUUUGCUUACAUAUUUCAAACUAACAUUGUUGUCUUUUGCGGGGGG